CCUCACGGACGAAGGCCGCGGUCGCCGUGAAGUAGAUUUUCAUUAAAGGUGAGGUGGACGAGAGCGAAGAGGAAAAGCUCAUUAUCAAGUGUUUUUUUUCAUUAAAAACUCGAAUGAAUGAAGCACAUAUAUUCCAUGAGUUUUUAAAAGUCAACCAUCUACCUAUUCCAUUCGAAAUUUCCCUCGUGUUUGUUCGUCUUGCUCUUGCUGUUGGUAUGCGAGCAUUCGACAUGGAGGACGCGAUACCUCGCGUGUGUUUUCCUCAUUUUCUUCUAAUUGAAUCGAUUAAUUUUUGUCGUUAUCGAUAUGCGUUUACGAGUUGGCAAUGAUUUUGUCUGAUUGUUUUCAACUUUUUACACAUAUUUUGGAUACCAUGUCAAUCAACUGGUGAUCGGUUUGCAAUUUGUUCGACGUCUAUAUCCGUAUGAUUUCAAGAGAGCCAUCAUGAAAUAUGCCUCUGAACGAGGAAAAUAGUCGUAUCGUAGUGUUGGGUUGUAUACUCGCGUUGUACGUGGUUGUUGGAGCUGUUAUCAUUCGUAAAUUCGAACACCCUUUCGAGAAACGCUUGCUGCGGAAUUACUGGAAAAUGUACGAAGAAUUUGGCGAUAAGUUGAUCAACGGGACUGCCCAGAUUGAUGAAUUGAAUUCGCUGCUGUACGCCUAUGGUAAUGUUACCUCAUCGUUAGGAGUACCUGGCAAGCACGAAAGGUGGAAUUUUCUGGGCAGCUUGUACUUCGUGGUUACCAUCGUUAGUACCAUCGGUUACGGAACCUACACUCCGAACACCGUUGCUGGCAAAAUAUUCGUCAUAUGCUACGGUCUGGUAGGAUGCGCCAGCGGAAUACUGUUCUUCAAUUUAUUCCUCGAACGAGCCAUCACAUUCCUGGCGUAUUUUCUACGCGAAUUAUACAUCAGGAAAAUAAUAACUCGAUCCGAUGACGAAGAAGGUAAUUCGGGCGAAUUACCGGAAAAUUGGAAACCCAGCAUAUACUCGGUGUUAGCCUGCCUAUUGAUCUGUUCCACUAUCAUGAUUUGCCUAGCUGUACCCGUAUAUUCGCUGAUCGAAGGAUGGACUUAUGUCGAAUCGGCGUACUUCUGUUUCGUCUCAUUUGCCACCAUCGGUUUCGGCGACUUUGUAGCUGCGCAGAAACCCGAAUAUAAGCACGGCACCUUGUACGUAUUCGCCAACGUAGCCGUAUUAGCUUUGGGAUGCUGUUUUCUGUACUCGUUAUUUAACGUCAUCUCUAUCGUACUCAAACAACUGCUGAACUGGUUGAUCUUUCGACUGAACGCCAUAAUAGCGUUUUUCCACCGCGAAAAAACCAGUAGACAGCCGGAACGAGUAUUAAGAAAAUAUUCGCUGAAAAUGCAGCGAGAACGACGCAAUCAGCGUCGCAGAUCGAGCAUCGCUAUCAUUAGGAGAACGCUGAAACGUAAAGCUCUCGGUGCCUCGACUCCGGAGCGAGUUAACGAUGGUGAUUUACCCAUCGAUGACAGAACUGCAUCGGGAUUGGCGAUCGAUCGUAAACUGUCGGAUGACGGAUUGAUCUCGAUGAAAGAUUUUUUCUCGUCGAAUCAAGUCAGCUUGGCUAUAAUGCAGAAGCAGCUUCAAGAUAGCGCUCAGACUGUGGACUUCGGAUCGUCAAGGUCGAUUGAAGAGCCUAUCACGUACGAGCAAGAACCACCCGAACGAUCGAAGCCUGCUACCUCGGUUCCGGCUAUUGUCAAGUCGUCCUUUCCGGCCGGAAGGUUUAUUCCGGGCACGAUCGGUCCUUUGGCGAUAUUAUGCGAUAAAUUGGGUGAUAAGUGAUGGGCGAAGGUGUAUUGGGUGUGUAUAGUGGAUUUGGUUUCGGUGUGGGAUGUUUUGACUUUCGAGAGGAAUGAAACGUGUUCUUGGACUUUUUGAUCAGUUUCAGAAUUUGUUUGAAAAAAACUGAAUUUAUAGAUGAUCAUUUGCGAAUUUCGUUCUUAAUUUUUUAUGUUUCUGCGUUGGCAUGAAAGUUUUCCAAUUUUUGAUCAGUUUCUGGAACUCCUUGAAAUGUAAACGUGAUGAAAAAUAUGGAAUGAAUUGAGAAAAUCUCUAACGAGUGUCAGAUUCUAUUGCUGUAAGAUGAUUGUCAGUCCAUAACGACCAAAAAGUUCUCUGGAAAUGGAAUGAGGCUGACUCAUUUUGCAGAUUUGGGUUUAAAAUGUCAAAAAACGACUAUUUUGGAUUUUCGCAGUAGCAUAGGAAAAAUUUGCAAUUUUCAGAAUGACUCAAAUUCUCCUUACACUGAAAGUAUGCUUCCUUAAGGUACUCAGUUGCAUUAUGGAUCGCGCCCUUUGGAUGGUUUUUUGGGCUAACUUAGCUCUAACAUAAUUACACAAGUGCCAAGUGAAGAGCUCAAAAAAUUCAUCAAGUCGAAUUUUAAUGUCCAUGGACCCUCCCCCCCCCUUCUAGUAAAAAUAAACGGUCUUAGAAUUAUUCAAAAGUGGCCUUGUGACCUAUCAAAAUAAGUUAAAAUUACGCGAGAAAUUCAAAUAUUUCAGCGGUUAUUGUUCUUGAGAAAUUUUUGAAAGAUUAUGAUUUUUGAAAUUUUUGAAAGUGUGUGCGACUUUGACGAAUAGGCUGAGAUUUCUCGAGAAAUUCUAAUACGUAAAUACGAUUUUAACAAAAAAAUUUUUGAGCGUUUUUGAAGAAUUUUGAGCUCAAAAAUUGAGUAUUGAAUUUUCGGGGUUUUUCGAAAAAGUGCAAUGCAACCUAUCAAAAUAGGUUAAAAUUUUUGGGGAAAAAGUCAGAAAUUUCUAUCCAAACUUUUUCCAGCUUUUUUGAUGAAUUAUGAGCCGAAAAUGGGUUCCAAUUUUUGGAAUUUUUUGAAAAAGUUGUCAUGCGAGUUUGAAAGAUGGAUUAAAAUUUAGCAAGAGAUUCAAAUAAAUGUUUUGAAAAAAAUUUUUUUGAACAUUUUUGAAGAAUUUUGAGCCUGAAAUUGGUGAUUGGUUUUCGAAGUUUUUUGAAAAAGUGCUGGGUUAAAAUUUCGGGGGUGAAUCAAAAAUUUCUAUCCAAACUUCGUUUUAGCUAUUUGAAGAAAUGUGAGUUCAAAAUUGGGUUAUGUUUUUUGGCAUUUCUUGAAAAUAUGUAGUGUUAUUGGACCUUGAUAAAUGGGUUAAAAUUUCAUGAUGAAUUUCAUAAUAUAUUUCGACAAAACUAUUUUUUGACCAUUUUUGAAGAAUUUUGUGUUCAAAAGUAGGUUUUGGUUUUUUUGAAUUUUUCAAAAAAAUGUCAGGUAAAUUAUCAAGAUGGGUUAAAAUUUAAGGAACGAUUCAAAAAUUUCUGCACGAACUUUUUUUGGCUUUUUGAAGAAAUAUGGGUCCAAAAUUGAGGCUUGAUUUUCGGAGUUUUUUGAAGAAGGUGCUGGGUGAAAAUUUCGAGUGUGAUUCUGUUCAAAAUUGGGUCAUGUUUUUUGAGAUUUCUUGAAAAUAGUGUCAUUGGAACUUGGACCUUGAUAGAUGGAUUAAAAUUUCAUGAUGAAUUUAUUAAAUUUCAACAAAACUAUUUUUUGACCAUUUUUGAUGAAUUUUGUGCUCAAAAGUAGGUGUUGAUUUUCGGAAUUUUUCAAUAAAAUGCCAGGCAAAUUAUCAAAAUAGGUUAAAAUUUUGGAAACAAUUCAAAAAUUUCUGUACAAAUUCUUUUUGGCUUUUUGAAGAAAUAGGAGCCCAAAAUUGGGUCAUGAUUUUCGGGAUUUUUUGAAAAAGUGUCCAGCAAACUACCUAAAAUUGGUAAAAAUUUUUGGGAUAAAUCAAAAAUUUCCAUGCAAACUUUUUCCCAUUGUUUGAAAAAUUAUGAGCCCAAAAUUAAGUCAUUUUUUUGCGAUUUUUUGAAAAAAGUUUCAUGGGGCCUUCAAAUCAUUUUUGAUGAAUUUUAAGCUCCAAAUUUGGUCAAGAUUUUUGGAAUUUUUUGAAAAAGUGGGUAACCUAUCAAAAAUAAGAGUAAGUAUGUAAAUUUUUGGAGCAAAUUGAAAAUUUUUACCAAAACUUUCUUUAUAUUUUUGAAGAAUUUGGAGCCCAAAAUUUGCUCAUGAUUUUUGAGACAUUUUGAAAUUCAACAAAAAUAUUCUUUGAGCACUUCUGAAUAAUUGAAUUUUCAGCCUGAAAUUGGGUCAUGAUUUUGAUGGUUAUUCGGAAGUGCGAUACGGCUUAUCAAAAUAGGUAAACUUUUUGAAGAUUUUUAAACUCAAAAUUGGCUCAUGACUUUUGAGAUUUUUGAAAAAGGUGUCAUGUGAAUUUAUCAAAGUGAAAAUGGGUUGAAAUUUGGCCAGAAAAUCACAGAUUUCGCUAUUAAAACAUUUUUUGAUCGUUUUUUAAAACUUUUAAUUAGGAAUUGGGUCAUGACUUUUGAGAGUUUUGAGGAAAUGCAACUCAUCAAAAUGGAUUAAAACUCCGCGAAUAAUUUAAAUAUUUUAAUUUUUAAUGAGAUUUUUUUUAGCAGUUUUGAAGAUGUUGACCUCAAAGUUUGGUCAUAAUUUUUAUGAUUUUUGAACGUGUCAUGCACUUAUCUAAAUUUAACAGUCUUAAAUUUUGCGAGAAAUUCCAUUUUAAAAAUUGAUUUUUUUUAGCGUUUUUGAGGAAUUUUGACUUUUGAAUUUUUUUUUAAAAGUGUCAUGCAGUCUAUGAAAAUGGAUUACCUUAAGUUUCUGGGGAAAUUCAGAAACUUUUUUCAAAAUUUUUUUGGUCGUUUUUAAAAAAUUGCAAUUUUAAAUUUGGUUGAUUUUAGAAAAGAUUUUUGGAAACUAUAGAAGAGAAGAUUUUGAACCCUAUCAGAGUUGGUAGGUUGAAAUUUUACCUCAUUUUUCCAAACUACUUACUUGGAAAAUUGACUUCAUUUUGUGCUAACAAUUUUUCAAAAACGUUCAAAAAAAGUUUCAAUAGAAAUUUUGAUUUUUUGUCGCAAUUUGUGGUUCAUUUUAAUGAGUUGCAUGGCAAUUUUUUUCAAAAAUUCUAAAAAUCAUGAAUUUACUUGGACCUUUAGAUGUCAAAAUAAUUAUUUGAAUUUGUCACACAAUUUCAGCUGAUUUUCAUAGGGCAUACCUACCUUUUUCAAAAAUCCUAUAAAUCAUGACCCAACAUUCGGGCUCAGAAUUCUUCAAAAGCCCAUUUAUUUUUUCUAUGUAGGAAAGAGGAGGGGGUUACUGCGACUUCGAAAUGCAACGACUCCUUCAUCGUGCAAGGUAUUUUUGGCGAGGUUUCGUUGAACCCUUUCAUGCUAGGAAUAUUAAUUUUUUGGGCUGCCUACUUGAUCAUUCCUGUUUAACGAUUUUUUAUGCCAAGUUUGCCAAAAAAAACACUCUUGAAGAACACUAGUGCCCUAUUAUGCAACUGGCCAGCUGAAGUGAAAAUAUUUGCCACUUGAACUGUAGAGUAAGAGCUUUCUCAUUCCAUUUUCGCGAUUUCUGAGUGAUAUUGAACUGAUGGAAGUUGUUCCUUAGAGAAUUACUUUACUUUUGGAACUAGUUCAGUGUUUCCUACUUUGUUGGAAUUAAGAGUAUCCCAAAACUGUUGUGGGUUAGUUCCUGAUUUGCUCGCGUAUUAGGUACUUAUAAUGAUAGAGUAUUUUCAUAUCACACCUUCCAUUAUUUUAAUGAAUUACUAAAGAAAAAGUCUGUACCUUUUUCCUGUUUCGACUUUUUUAUGACUGAGUCCAGCGAACAGCUAAGAAAUUACGAGUACGAUAUGUUUUUCUUCUAGAAAAUUUGUUCGUAAGUAGGUAACUAUGUCGUCGCGAAAAAAAAUCGACAGGAGAAGGAGAAAGGGAAACUCCAGCCAUCGGCAACAGAUAUUAAAAUAAUACGAAUAAAUUGCUUUAUUUCUGUGUCAUAUGUCAUAUCAUUCGCGAAGCACUUGAAAAACGUGUAGCUUUUUUUCGCAUCGCCGUUUUCAUCAAGUACCUACCUUGCAGUGUGUUUUUGCAUUUGAAAAGUACACUUAUGAAUAAUUAAAAUGUUCGUUAGUUUUAUGAUUACUUUUUUAUAAUAUCCUAAGGCUAUACGACCUGACGUCUAACGUAAUAUGAAAGAUGUAAUUUUCUCCCAGGAUUAUCAAUGAACGACACGUUUUUUUUUCCUCGACCGAGGUUUUCAUUUCUACAGCAAUGACAAGACUGACAGUUUUACAUUCAUUUUAAUGAAAGAGAACAUGAAAAAAUGAAUAAAAGAGAUGAGAGUUGAAACAUGUACGUGGUAUGUGAGCUCUCGAUGUAGAGGUAGCCUAUUUUUUUGAUUUUUUUUUUCUUACCAGGCAAAUGCGUGUACCUAUAUCUAAAUGUAUAGAUUAUUAAUUUUGUUUUUAUGUGUACUUUUGUUUUAAAUAUGAAAAUUGCGUGUGGAAA